AUGGUGGCGCUGGACCGCGAGCGGCUAAAGCAGGAGGGGCUGCAGCUGUUCGGGAAGCUGAUCCGCACGAAGGACCCGGCGCGGCUGCAGGGCGAUGACUCGAGCGAGAGCAAGCUCAAGAAGGUGCUGACCACGCUCGACCUGACCUCGCUGGGCGUGGGGUCGUGCGUGGGCACGGGCAUGUACCUGGUGGCGGGUAUGGUGGCCAAGAACAUCGCUGGGCCCGGAGUCAUCCUCUCCUUCAUCAUCGCCGCCGUCGCCUCCAUUUUCUCAGGCGUGUGCUAUGCUGAGUUCGGCGUGCGUGUCCCCAACACGUCGGGCGGCGCCUACAUGUACAGCUACGUGACGGUGGGCGAGUUCAUGGCCUUCAUCAUCGGCUGGAACAUGGUCCUCGAGGAGCUCAUCGGCACGGCCGCCUGCGCCUGCGCCCUCAGCGCCUGCUUCGAUGCCAUCGCCAACGGCGCCAUCUCCUCCGGCAUGGCCGCGAACUUCGGCACCAUGUUCGGCGAGCCCCCCGACCUGCUGGCGUUCGUGCUGACGUUGAUGAUGGGCGCCGUGCUGGUGGCGGGCGUGCGGAAGUCGGUGCAGUUCAACAACGCCCUCAACGCCGUCAACCUGGUGGUGUGGGUGUUCAUCAUGAUCGCCGGGAUGUUCUUCGUCGACACCGCCAACUGGUCGGAACACGACGGCUUCAUGCCCUACGGCUGGUCGGGGGUGAUGACGGGCGCCGCCACCUGCUUCUACGCCUUCAUCGGCUUUGACAUCAUCGCGACGACGGGCGAGGAGGCCGUCAACGCCCGCCGCUCCAUCCCCUACUCCAUCGUCCUCUCGCUCGUCAUCAUCCUCAUCGCCUACGUCACCUCGUCGGCCAUCAUCACGCUCAUGGUGCCCUACACGGAGAUCGACGAGGACGCCGCCCUGGUCGAGGUGUUCGGGAAGGUGGGCGCCUACAAGUGCAAGAACUUCGUGGCCCUCGGGGCACUGGCCGGCCUCACCGUGUCCAUGUUCGGGUCCAUGUUCUCGCUGCCCCGUAUCGUCUACGCCAUGGCCAAGGAUGGCCUCAUCUUCAAGAGCCUGGCUAACGUGUGGCCCGUGACGGGGACGCCUGCCGUGGCCACCGUCGUCUUCGGCCUGGGCGCCGCCUUCGCCGCCAUGUUCAUCUCCCUCACCGUCCUGGUCGAGAUGAUGUCCAUCGGUACGCUGCUGGCCUACACCCUGGUGUCGACCUGUGUGCUGAUCCUGCGUUACCAGCCGCACUCGACCACCCUGCUGGAGAUGCUGCCUGAGAGCAUCCGCACACCCAUCAGUGGCACGCCCCUGCCCGGCACGCCCACCAAGUCGCUCAGCCAGUCGGGGGCACAGGGGCCCUUGACCCCCUCCCCCUCCCCCUUCUGCUCACUAGAAACCCAGAGUCCCAAUCCCCCUCCCCCCCGCUCCCCAAAGCCCGAAGAGGCCAGCUCCCCCCGGCCCAUUUCAGCCCCAAAGCCUGAAGGGGCAGACAUGACGGCCGCGCUGGGGGGGCGGCAGAGCAACCUGCAGGCGGUGUCUCCAACGCACCUGACGGCGGCGCUGCAGCAGAACGGGGGCGGCAGGAUCACGCCCUCCGGCCUGCCCCUCGACCAGAAGAUCACGGUGAAGCGCGUGAUGCGGUCGUCCCCCGACUCGGACGACACAGGCAACACGGAGGAGAACAGCGCCGAGUCGUCCCGCCGCGAGGACGACUACAUGGUGAGCGACAAGUGCGAGAACAAGUACUACGGCGCCGUGCCCACGUCCGCCGGGCAGGCCAAGUGGUACGACAGGUACGUGGAGAUGGUGCAGGUGAUGUUCCCGUCGCUGUUCCCGUGGGUGGAGGAGGGGCCCUGCACGGAGGAGACGGGCCGCCAGGUCAUGAAGCUCGUCGGACUCCUGUACCUGAACGUCCUCAUCCUUGACUCCAUCCUUGUGCGCGACCUGAGCCAGCUCGAGGGCCACUCCCCCGUCACGUCCUUCUUCUGCAUCAUCUUCUUCCUCAGCAUCAUCUACAUCCUGCUGCGCAUCUCCCGGAAGCCACAGAACAGGCGGUCGCUGCCCUUCCUGGCGCCGGGCCUGCCCUGGGUACCGGCCAUCGCCAUCAUCAUCAACAUCUAUCUCAUCUUCAAGCUGUCCAUCCUGACUCUGAUCCGGUUCGUUCUCUGGAUGACCAUUGGCUUCAUCAUCUACUUCUACUACGGCAUCAAGAAAAGCACGGUGGGCACGGGCGAGGACGCGGACAUCGAGGUGCACGUGCUGCCCAGCCAGAUCCGGCCUCCGAUGCCCCCCGCCCCCGACGCCCUCUCGCCGUCGGCCUCGCAGGCGGCCCCGACGGAGAACCUCGUCUCUCCCGGCAGCCAGGGCGGCGCUUACCAGCAGCCGGAGGCGCAGCAGGACUCGCUGGCGCCCGACGCCGUAAAGCAAGUGUACAUCUCGCCCAACCCCAACAACCCCUUCCGCUAG